CUUUAAAAAAAAAAGUUGUCGCAAGAAAACAAAUAACGAGAAAAAUAAAAAUACUUUUUCUUUGUUUAUUUGCAUGAGUAUUAUCUGUAAUACCAAAUUUUAUUUGGUUUAGAUCAACAAUACUUAACAUGGGAGAUGGUAAGAUUAAAUAAUAAGCAUAAACUCAUUUUAAGAUUUAAACAAUAAAUAGAGGUUAGUCGGAUAAACUAAAUUUGUUAUUUUUAUAUAUUUCAGAGGAGGUAAUUCGUAGAAGACUGCUUAUAGAUGGAGAUGGCACUGGAGACGAUAGAAGACUAAAUGUUCUCUUAAAGACGUUAAUAAAAUGGUGUAAUAGUACGGAUGAUAAACCCGAGGACAGUAAAGCUACACAUGAUCGUAUGCUCGCCCAGUUAGCUCAAUGUGAAUUUGCUGUUACUAAAUCUCAAUUAGCAUCAGAAAUGAUGGCAGCAGAACUUAAAAGUUACGAAUCGCUAUCAAAAAUAUUAGAAACCGGCAUAGAAGUUGCAAAAGGCAAUAUUGAAAAGAGCAAAGCCGAUCUCGCACAAGCAAAGACAGUCCGCAAAAACCGCAUUGAAUAUGAUGUUUUAGCAAAAGUCAUAAGUGAACAGCCAGACAGAAAAGAGACUUUAGAACAAUUGAGCACUCUUAAAAGUGAAUUGGGGAAUUUAGAAUCUACUAAACAUCAGUUAGAAAGUCGGUUGGCUUUGAGAAAAAAGCAGUUUCAUGUUCUGGUGACAUCAAUACACCAAUUGCAAGCUCUAUUAGAUGAGCCUGAUGAUACUGAAUCAAUAUCUGAUGAUGUUGACAUGAAGGAGGUUACAAGUGAUGAUUAAGUUUAUGUAAUUAUUAAUUAAUAAGUCUUUUAUUUCAAGUCUAAUAAAAUAAGUACUCUCUUUUAAUUAA